CAGAGUGGGGAAAGGAAUAAGCGGAGUUAGGAGCGGAGACAAAAGAAGUUAAAGAGCCGCUUAAUAUAUACAUGUUUUUGAAGGCGGGCAGAGGGAAAAAAAUAACAACAGUGAGUGUAGAUGGGCCGGCUUGUGUAGUUAUGGAGCCCCCUUUGAGCAAGAGGAACCCGACACUGAGAUUAGCGGAUUUGGCAGCGGCUCAGCCCCAUCCUCAUCAGACUAUGACAGGCUUCCCGGGGCUGGGGAGCCACCACGUCCACUCCCACCCCGCCGCUCACCUCCACCCUGGGGAGAUGGGGAGUGACCCCGGCGUGGCCCUCACGCCAUUCGGACCCGAGCACAUGGCCCAAGCGAGCGUCCUCAAACUCAGCCCCGCGCAGCCUCUCGCGGCGCAUCCCGAGGCGCAGACAGCGGCCGCCUUUGCCUCGCCGGCGGCCCAGAGCGGCGCCGCCGCCGCCGCGGUCAGCAGCUACCCGGCCGGCGCGGCGGCCCCGGCUCCCCACCCGGGCUACGCCGCCAGCAGCGCCGGCACCAGCAGCGCCAGGGACUUCAUCCUGCGGAGGGAGCUGCCCGGCGCGGCCAUGCACGGGGCGCUGGGGGAGCCGCACCCCGCGGCCAGCUCCCCCCACCCGCACCCCCACCACGGCGUCUUCAUCUCCGCCGCCGGCACCUACGGCCCGUCGGACGGGGCCGCGGCCCACCCGGUCUUCCCGGCGCUGCACGAGCAGCCGGCCCCCGGCGGGCACCACCCGCUGAACGGCCAGAUGCGCCUGGGGCUGGCGGCCGCAGAGCUCUACGGCCGGGCCGAGCCUUACGGGGCCGCCUCCUCGCUGCACGGCUACGGCUCCCUGGGCUUGAACGUCAGCCUGGCGGCGGCCAGCCACGGGCACCACCCGGCCCCCCCCCACCACCCGGGGGCGGCGGCGGCGGCCUUCCUCCGGUACAUGCGGCAGCCCAUCAAGCAGGAGCUCAUCUGCAAGUGGCUGGAGCAGGAGCCGCCGCCGCCGCCGCCGCCGGCCAGCGCCGCCGCGAAGCCCUGCUCGAAAACUUUCAGCACCAUGCACGAGCUGGUGAACCAUGUCACCGUGGAGCACGUCGGCGGGCCGGAGCAGAGCAGCCACGUGUGCUACUGGGAGGAGUGUCCCCGGGAAGGGAAACCUUUCAAGGCCAAGUACAAACUGAUCAACCACAUCCGCGUGCACACCGGGGAGAAGCCCUUCCCCUGCCCCUUCCCGGGCUGCGGCAAGGUCUUCGCCCGCUCCGAGAACCUCAAGAUUCACAAGCGCACUCAUACAGGAGAGAAGCCUUUUAAAUGCGAAUUUGAUGGCUGCGACAGGAAGUUUGCCAAUAGCAGUGACAGAAAGAAACACUCCCAUGUCCACACGAGUGAUAAGCCAUAUUACUGCAAAGUCAGAGGCUGUGAUAAAUCUUACACGCAUCCCAGCUCUUUAAGAAAACACAUGAAGAUACACUGCAAGUCUCCACCACUUUCUCCUACCCCUGGAUCUCACGGUUAUCAGUCUGCAGGAACCCCUCUAGGUGCUCCCCUUUCCCCUGCCCAGGACUCAGCCAGGGGCCGCUCUGCCAAUCUUUCCCCUCAGGUCACCAACCUCAAUGAGUGGUAUGUCUGUCAGGCCAGUGGGGCUUCUAAUAACCUUCAUACACCUUCCAGCAAUGUAACAUCCUCUGGAUCUGAAGAUGAAGAGGCUUAUAGAAACUCUGAUACCAGAACUAUCCAUUAGAAGAAAAACAACAAUAAGAAGUUUCUGACUUGGGAGUACUUGGACCAUUCUCCUGAACUGUAAUGACACAAAGCUUGAAAUAAAUGGAUGGCAUAGAAUUGCCAUCAUGUUGAAUUACCACUAUUUAUUCAGUAUAUAAAACCCUAUGGUGUUUGUACACUUAACUAAUUUAAUUAAGACACUUGGACCUUUUUAUAAAAAAUAAUAAAUGAAAAUACCAAGCUGGACUAUCUCAGUGAACCAAGUUGCUUAUUUGCAGGUAUGGGGAAGAUGCCAAGGGAACUCAAUGGAAAGAUCAGUUCAUCAAGAUUAUACACUGCCAAUGCCAAUGCAAUAGUUCUAAAAAAGAGAGAGAGUAAGAGUGUUCAUUAUGUAGCCUGCAAGCUGAUAGGGCCUCUCCAUUUCCUGGAGUGGCUCUUAAAUACUUUAGAUAUCAUUCUGGGGGCUUCUUAACAGCUUGAGUAGGCCCCAAUUCCUCAAUGGCCUCUUAAUUGUAAACCACCACCACCUGCUGAAUUUCCAACAAAUCGUGGACUGGUUACAUAUUAAAAAAGGGGUUUUUUUUCCCUCUUUCAGUUCAGAUCUUUUAUAAUUUUUGCUUUUUAUUCUGAGUCCUUAGAUUUCACCCAAAUCUGAUAUUUUAUACCUAGGCUAGUUUCCUUAUCCCUUAGCUGUAUACGAUGUGAAAAUGGUUUUUAAAAAAGAAAAAAAAAGAUGCAGCAUUUCUCUUAACAUUUCUCCACAAUUUUGUAUCAUUAUGAGUCUUGAGACUAAAAUGGAGAAUAAAAGAAAACCGCUGCUAUCUGACAACUGUGAUAUUGUGAUUUUUUUAAAAUAUAGCACACAAAAUUCAAAAGUGAAUUCAGUCCUCUUUAGCAAAGUUUGUUUAAAAGAGAAGAUCCUGCAUCUUGCUAUGUCAGCCCAUGUGUGUAGUAGAGUUCGUUGUUAGGUCAAAAGUGCUUUGGACAUCAGAGCCAUUAUUACUUCAAAAUCUUCAAGUAUGAGAAGCUGUGACACUGUUGUGAAAGCAGAUAUUUUAGACCGAUCAAUCUCCUUUUAUACCAUUGUGGAUACUCAUUUGAAAAUGCUUUAUUUUUUUCAACAUCUAAAACCAUGAUUGUAUUCAUUCUGCCCCCUCCCAUGCAAUCCACAAAUGACCAUGUAUAGGAUGACCAUGUGGUAAGUUACAUUAAAAGAGGAAAACAAUUAUCACAAAUAUUAAAAUCUAAAAGGUUUGUAGUUGGAGCAAAAAAAAAAAAACAACAACAAAAAACAAAA